AAAAACGUUCUAUGAGGGGCGACGUUCUGGGCGACGCCCUGGGCGACGGCCUGGGCGCGGCUAUGGAUGGGGCUGCUUCUCCGUUCGUUGGCGGGAGGUUCUGGUGUCUGUCCGAGGAAGACGAAGCGGAGGGUCUGGAGGAGCCUCUUCCCCAGUCGCCGGCGGCUUAUCGAGAGUCAUCACCUGAGAUCUCUUCGGCUCCGUCAGCCAGGUAUGUGAAGAGGAUGUAUCAUCGGGCGCAGCAGCGUCGUGCAGCGCUGUUGUUGUCGGUUUUGCCCUGCAGAUCGGGGGCUUCCUCGCCGGAUUUUAGUCCGCAGUUGCGUGGAUCUUCUCCGUCUGAGAAAUCUUUGAAACUACCUGUCCUAGAGCCGACAGUGUUCUCUCUGCAAGAGUUUGAUGCUACAGAAUGGGUUAAGGUUUUUAGGAGGGAGAGAUGUCGGCGGUUCCGACGACCUCCUCAUCCUUUCCACGGCCUAGAGCGCCGUCGACCUUCUCAGCGUGUUCGCCGGAGUUCUCCGAUGGCCGUUAAUUCAGGAUCAGGGGUGUUUGAAUUCAGUAGGCCACCGAUUUUUCAGAGGAAUACAGGGACAGUGCAUUGCGUUGGGCCCCUCUGGUCCAAUGGGCAAAGGCCCAGCAUAUCACCCAAGGGUUUUAGGAGGGUCUCGAUCGCUCGAGGGUUGCCAGCGCCAACCAUUCGUCAAUCUCGCCCAUCUCCCUCUACCCAUCGUCCUGUGGAGGCUAGGGUUCUGUCUCCAAUGGUGGGGAACGCACCGGUUCCUCCUCGGGCAUCCAAUCCUCCGGCCCCUACUAUGCGCCAGCCCGUGCUACCCAGGACUACCCCUGGCCGCGAGACCGGCGGGGUUGUGGUGGCGGCUGGUGGUGCAGCUGGUGUUGUUGCUGGGGGGCGGCUGUCUCCAAUGUGGCUGUUCCGGCCAGUGGUGCCGCACCAGCCGGGAGUGGUCCGGUGGUGCAGCCACCUCGCUUCGAUCAUGGAUCUAGCUCGGGUGCAGCUUCUGGUUUUGGUGAUAGGAGGUAUGAUGGCUUCGAUGAUCAAGACUUUGGUAGAUUCCAGGAAGGAUAUUUUGAAGGUAACAAUGGGUAUGGUAAUAACUAUGGUUCUCAGAAUCGGGGUAACUUCAGAUCCCGCCCUUACAAUAACAAUAGGCAACAAUGGAACAGAAGUUUCAAUAAUAAUUUUCGGGGGUCUGGCCGUUUUUACAAUAACAACAACCGUUAUCAGCGUCGGCCUAAUUCUAAUGACGGUUCUCAGGGAAAUGGUACUAGUCAGGGAACGGAGAGUUUAGUUAGAGAGGUUUCAGCUUCAGCUUCAGGUGGAUCGGCCACUGUGGUGAGUUCACAACAUGUGGACAAUGGCUCACUUGAUAAUUCAGUAGCGGCUUUAUCUUCUCGUGCUCAGAAAAAGAUUGAUAAGGUUCUGUGUCUAAAGUGUGGUGAGUUUGGACAUUUUGCUGAUGCUUGUACUGCGGUUCUUUGCAUAUACUGUGAAAAGAUUUCACACGCGGCUAAGGACUGUCCUUUGUUAUCUAUGCCUAAACCUGUUGCCAUUACCUAUGGUGUGUCACGGAAUGAGCUUAUGUUUCAUGAGGUUCCUGCUUCUUCUGAGGUUACAUUUAAACAUGACAGUGGUAAGGUUGGCAGUAUCUCCGUCACAGGAGGGAGUUUAUCUGCUGCGGAGAUUAUUAAUGAAUUACAGUGGAUCAUACCGGGGAAUCAUCAAUGGGAUCUCACUCCUACCGAAGAUGGUGCUUUUAAAACAAUUUUCCCUUCAAAGGCUGACUUAGCAAGGAUGACUAAGAUUAUCAAAGUGCCGGUCCCAGGGACUUCUAUGUUCCUAAAUUUUGAAGAAUGGUCUGCGGCUGAGUUAGACAGGUUUUAUGUCACUCCUGUUUGGGUCAGAGUACAUGGUGUCUGUUACAAAGAGAGGUGUGACUACCUCUCUCUUUUCGGUGUUGGAUCUCUUAUUGGGAAGACUAAGGAGGUGGAUAUGCUGUUUACUAGGGCUCACACCACAGUGAGAAUGCUUGUGGAGGUCACUCGAGUUGAACAUAUUCCAACUACUACGGUGGAUCACAUGUAUGAUGGGCAGGGGUAUGGGCUCAUUUUUAAGCUUGAAUCAGACCUUACAAAGAUUAAGGAGGAUGUUCUUAUGAGUGAUGCACCUUCUAGUGAUGAUGCUACCAACGAUGAGGUAAAGGGAAAGGAGACACCAAAGGGUAAAGAUCAGCCUUCUAGUGGUGGGGCUAAUUCCACAUCUUUACCAAAUCAAGAUCCACCGGUUCAUAACAGCCAACAGCAUACUUCAGCUAAGGGAUGCUCUCUGCCGGUGUUCAAAGUUGGUCAGAUUGAUUGUGACUGGGCUGAUAUUGGUGAUGUCAAAUCCUGGUCAGCAAGCAAGGUGUCUAGUUUGGUUCCGCGUAAAUUAUGGUCUGACUGUGAUGAGGAGGACGAGGAUGGGCUGCCGUCGCCGCUGCCCCCUUUGAAUGUUAAUUCUGUAAUCGCCAUGAAGAGGGAAACACAUGUCACUAAUGCAGCGGUAAAAUUGAUAAUGAUGCCCACUGUGUCUGUUUGUUCGGCGGAAACUACACUGGGCCUCUCUGCCGAGGAAACAACAGAGAUGCUGCAGCCUAUUGCCAUGGAAGCCAGGGAGACAUCAAGCAUGGGAUUUAGUUCGGAUGCGGUACAUAGGUCGAAUGGGAAACCAGAGGAUUUUUCUCCUGCGGCAGUUUCUGCUUUUUCACAUGGCCCCGAAGAUAAUCCCCAUGUGACAUAUGAUACGACAUCUCCUGAAAUUGCUAGUAGUACUCCCAAGGUUGUUUCAUCUGGUUACAAAGCUAAUACUGGAAUUGGCACUGGAGUUUUCCUCGGGGGACGGUGUUCGGUUGACAAGGUGGUGGCUUUUGGUGGUGUUGCUCCACCGGUGAUGGGAUCUAGGUCAAGCAAACGAAUUAUGCAUCAAAGUGAUGCUGACGCUACACAGAUGGAGAGGGCUCAAAAUUUGGCAAAGGCCAAGGACGGCCCAGCAUUUUUAGGUUAUUCCCUUGGUUACCCAUUGGAUCCAUAUGUGGUCCUAUCUCCAGCCGGAGGAUGUGCGCCAAGACAUGGAUAUUGGGUGCAACCGGUUGGCGACGGUAGCUCGGGAUUUCUACAGCCGGUGCGGCUGGCGUAUUGACAGGCGGCUCACAUGAAGAUCUUGUGGCGGCUUGUUUUUCUUUCUUUUUUCAGAUGGCUGGUUCAUGUUGAGACUCUUAGCGAUCCAUGAUUUGUAAUAAGUUUGUAUUUCGGAUUCGUUGAAUAAGUUAAUAAGAUUAAUAAAGGGCCGCAUGCAUCGAUUGAUGCAGAGGCUGGGGAUUUUCCCCCUUAUC